GGAUUUGGCUCUUUCUAAAUGAAACUCCUGUCUUACUUCACUCAUUUGCCUCUCUUUCUUCACUUUAAACAUAAAGAACUUUUCUCACUGAGUCUGAAAAGAGGAACAAGCAGAUUUUACUUACAGAAGUGACAAUAUCGAUGUGGACCACAUGGACCUUUUUUUCUUUUUAUUAAGGACUUUUGUCAUCGAGCUUCUCUGAUGAGCUAUGAUAAAGUGUUCUGGUGUAUUUUUGUGUAGCGCCAUUUAGAAAAUCUUCAUCCUUUGUGAAACCAUGACAACUCACUCAGCUGCACUGUCGCGUGUUGAAGGCAUCCACGAGAAGACUCCACUGCUGACCCGAAGACUGACCUCGUCCAAUGUACAGAUCAAUAACUCCAGACUGUUCCUGGCUGUUUUUUCGGCUGUUCUGGGGAACUUCAGUUUUGGUUACUCCAUGGUCUAUCCAUCACCUGUUUUGUCGCAGCUCAGGAGCUCCGAUGUUGACCCUCGACUCAGACUGAGCACCGAUCAGGCUGCCUGGUUCGGCUCAAUCUAUGCCCUGGGUGUAGUAGCUGGGGGGCUGGGAGCUAUGCUGCUCAACGACAUGAUUGGACGGAAACUCAACAUAUUGGCGUCAGCAGUGCCAUCGACAAUCGGGUUCAUGCUAAUGGGUGGAGCCAUGGACAGGUGGAUGCUGCUUGUAGGUCGUUUCCUUACAGGUGUUGCUGGAGGGAUGACCGCUGCAUCGAUACCUGUGUACAUCUCUGAGAUUUCCCACAAAAAGGUGAGAGGAGUUCUUGGCUCCUGUCCACAGAUCACUGCAGUUGUUGGAGCCCUGGCGGUCUACAGCUUAGGCCUGGGGCUAACAUGGCGGUGGCUCGCCAUAGCGGGAUCGGUUCCAGCAUUCUUGAUGGUUAUAUUACUGGUGUUCAUGCCCCGCUCACCCAGGAGACUCCUCUCUCUGGGCCAUCAUGACCGGGCUGAGAAGGCCCUCCGCUGGCUGAGGGGAAUUCACUACGACACGCACGCCGAGCUCCGAGCCAUCGAGCACAGCAUCAACACGCAGGGAAAAGUAACACUGACAGAGUUGGGCACGCCCAUCUUCUACCGACCAAUCCUCAUCUCAGUGGCCAUGCGUUUCUUGCAGCAAAUGACAGGCAUCACUCCCGUUCUGAUGUACAUGGAGCCCAUUUUUGCCCAGAGCAAAGUCUCAAUAGAACCCAAGUACGAUGCCGUCAUUGUGGGUGUGGUUCGCUUGUUGUCUGUUGCCCUGGCAGCCUGUUUGAUGGACAAGGCAGGUCGCAAAGCCCUGCUGUACACGUCGAGCAUGCUGAUGUUCGUGUCCAUGCUGACUCUGACAAUGAUCUCUCACACCACCCCCUCCCCACCCCCUGCCCCUCCAAAUGCCAGUGCAUUCGGUUUGGAUAACAGCCUCCCCAACGGACUGGCAAGCACAAUGUCUAAUGACCACCAAGGCACAGGAAGCAUCAUCCCUCUCAUCAGCACCAUGGUCUUUAUAUUUGGUUACGCCAUGGGCUGGGGACCAAUUACAUGGUUGCUUAUGUCAGAGGUGUUGCCGCUGGUUGCUAGGGGUGUGGCUUCAGGUCUGUGCGUGACUGUCAGCUGGUUGACGGCCUUCAUGCUCUCACACGCCUUCACAUACCUGGUGGACAGAUACGGCCUGUACGCGCCUUACCUGUGUUUCACGGUGGUGUGCGUGCUCUGCCUGCUGUUCACCGCCGUCUGCAUCCCAGAGACACGCAAGCGCUCACUAGAGGAGAUUGAAAACUACUUCAGAACGGGACGCAGCUUCACCAUCAGCGGCAGUUUCCGCCAAGCUCGGCGUUAGCUGUCAGAAAAUACAGAACGUGGAUCUUUUCCCUUUAAACACAGAAUGGCACUCACUGGAGUGCAUUCUUUGACCAGGACCCACAGUGCCACAUUUCAUCAUUUAAAUACAUUAUUUUAAUUUUUUCAAAACUACCCUAGGAUUUUUAUUAUUAUUUAUGUUAAAGAUUCAAACUUUGUUUUAAUCAUUGGUUUAUAAACCACUUUCAUAACAAUCAACUAAUUACCAGAUUCAGGUGGAAAACAUAUUUCUCUGAGUUAAAGUGGAAAUACUAAUACAAACUCUGUUCAGAUUGUAAUCCAGAUUCAUCAUGAAAUAGCUGCAAACCGUCACGUUGCCAUAAUCUGAUCACAAAACCUACUUGAACAUCAUGAGUUAAUCUCCACAGCCACGUGCCUCCAGAACGGGCCUGAUGACUGGUAGAACUAGCUGAAACAGAUCUGAAUCUCUAUGAAGAUGACCUGAAAACACAACACCGGCAGCAGAGUGAUUUAAAAAAAAAGAACAGGAUAAGAAGCUCUUGUUUGUCAGUGUUUCCUGCAAUUUACACUUCAAACUCUGUCUUGCCUCAGAAAUCAUGUUUUCUUUAGUCAUUGCAAAGAUGCAUCUUUACCUUCAGAUCUGAUUGCAUCUGAUCGAGUCCAUUUGCAUCUGAUCUACCAAAGUCCAGUGGUCCCAAAAGGUUCCCAGGCCGGUUCUUGUGAACCUGGGAGACUGUUUACUGCAGACUUCAUCACCGAAUGUUAUAAAAACACGGGGUCCCAUCUGUCAAAUCAAGUGUCCAGUCAAAUUCAGAUUAUUUUAGUUGUUCCCAUUUUGCUUGAGGUUACCUCGGUGGAUCUGGCAUGGUUCUGUAUGUUGAUUUGGCACAGGUUUUACACCAGAUGCCCUUCCAAGGGCACAGGUGGGCUUUGAACCCCAGGUCUUCUUUCUGGUAGGCAGGAACACGUACGUCCUGAUUUUGGCACUGUCUGGGAGAUGAAGUAAUACCAUGGACGCAGCAACGCACAACCCCAAAUCCCCAAACAUGACCAGACAAAUGAAAAUAACACUGACACUAUAAAACUAUUAAAAAAAAAAACAUUUUAAAUAAUAUGUGAAAUGUCAUGUGAGAAUGCCCAAUUUUCCAAGUAAUUUUCUAUUUAGUAAACACAGAUGACACUGGCUCAUGGGUUGCAUAGAAUGGGUUGUACCUGAGGUAUAUCGAAAAUGCAUGUGUAUUAUAUCAAACUGAUAUUCCAUAAGUUGAAUAAUUCUGCUUUUAGUAUUUGGGUCAAAUAGAUCACUCUCUAACAUCAGGGGUGGUGGUUGAUAUGGCAUUUUGGUCACCUACCUUUAAGGACUUGAAAAUGCAUGACAGCCAUGUCAUGGUUGGUAGUUGUAGCCAGGUAUGGGUCAACAAUAAAAAAAAUGCUCCAGUUAUAUUGAAAUAAAUGCUGUAAAGUAACACUUAAGCUAAUAGGAUUUAUAAAUGGAAUACUUUUGACUGUGCUGAAUACUUGGUCUGCCCUGCGAUACACUGGCGUCCUUGUCCAGAGCGCACCCUGCCUUACACACUAUGACUGCCGGGAUAGGCUCCAGCCCCCCGGUGACCCUUGAUUGGAGUAAGUAGGUAUAGAAAAUGAAUGUAUGAAUGAAUGAAUGAAUGCUUGGUCUCCAAAGUAAUGGUCAAACAAGGUUGACGUCCAUUGGUUUUUAUAACAUAUGAUAUGACGUAUGUUAUCCCGUAACUUCACACCUAAGCAUAAUGGUGCAAAUGAUUCCUGUUUAGAAUAAUGUGAUUGGGAUAUAAUUAUAUUGUGAAUUAACAGGCACAAUCCAAACACCUGCAGUAAAGAAUAUUGCGAGUAUCAGUGGCCAACAUGCAAUGAUAUGCACUCUAAUUAGUGCUGCUCUGUAGUCGUAAAAAUUAAAACAGUCAAAUCACAGGGCACAUAUUUCAUGGACUAACAACCCAAACUGACUAUACUGCAUCCUAUGGUACAUUCGAGGGUGAAACAUGUACAAAUGUGCAGUAAAUCAAAUGCAGAUAUGUAAGCUUGUAACUUUGUUAAAAUAUGUGAACAAACCAGUUCCCAGCUGUCCGUAAAAACAGGUUCAUCAUCAUCUUCAAAAAAAAAAAGAAAAAAGAAAAGAGGCUGGAAGAUGUGUUUGCUGGAUGUAGCGGCUCAGCAGGACGGGCCACAUGCCUCUGCGUGUUCUUGGUGUCGUACUUUUGACUUGCGGCGUCAUCGAGUCUCUCUGACGCACACUGUUCUCACACUUUUUUUCUCUUUAUGACAUAGAUGUCUUAAACUGAAGCUUAAAUUUCCAAUGAAAUUUACCCAUAAUGUCACAUCAAUGUUUGGAGUCUUGUAAGAUUGAUUUAAAAAAUAAAAUAAAUAAAAAGCACGUGAUGACAUCUGAUGUAUCCUGCUAAUACCUAAACUAUGCUGUCACCCCAAGGCGUCGACUGAACAGUGCUUUCGGCCUUUUGUCUCAGAUGGAGACACCCAGGGAGCAUUGAUUUCUGUGAGCACUGAAGUAUAAAAUUACUUUUGGCU